AUGGUGUUCCGCUUCCCGCUGAGCUUCAACUCCCACGUGCUGUACUGGCGGCGCUUUGGUGUUGAUGUGCCAGCAGACAUUGGUCGCUGUCAGAGCUCCGGCUGUCCAGUCCUGGUGGAUUUCCCUGGCUCAGGCGGCUCCAUUUACUCACAGCGCGGCUGGACACAGUGGUAUGCCUAUCAAGAUCAGCUGGAAAGUGAGCCUUUUCUGCUGGUGACCAUGGAGGGUUCCCCUGACGCGGUGGUUCCUGAGCAGGAGAUCUUGCCAUGCAGCCCUGAGCAAAGUCCUCAGGAGUGUGCAGAUGAGUCGUCUGGGGGAGAUGGCUACACCUCCUGGAACGUCUUAGGAUGGGGUGUGCCUACCGACUUGCAAACAGAUCCAAACAGUUCACUUCUCUCUGCCUGUUUCCCUGCGGCCGUAAAGCCCUGGAACUCUUACCAGUGCUUCGCGACGCACCUGCUCAACAAUCCGAACGCCUGCCACAAG